GAUCUCUCUUAAUUACAUUUUCACCAUUUUUCUUUAUAAAAGCUCCCUCCUGCACCCAUCUCUCAAACAGGUAUAUAUGAAUCAGGUGCUUUUUAAGUAAUCAAACAAAAUGGCUCAUCGAUCUUGCUUGUCUGCCUUCCUGCUGCUUCUUCUUGCAUUGGAAUUCGUUACGGUUAUGGGGGUUACUCUUCCUCAGUGCAGAGGGAUUGUGGCUAGCGAUGUAGACCGAGUUCAAUUCGCCCUCAACUUGGAAUUCUUCGAAGCAGAAUUUUUUCUGUUUGGUGCACUUGGUAAGGGGGUGGAUGAUUUCGAACCUUCUUUUGCCCAAGGCGGUCCUCCUCCAGUGGGUGCAAGGAUAGCCAAUCUUGAUCCAACCAUCCGUUCAAUUAUCGAGGAAUUUGGUUAUCAGGAAAUUGGACAUCUCAGGUCCAUCAUAAGAACCGUAGGAGGAAUUCCGAGACCUCUACUGAAUUUAACCGUUCAGGCUUUCACCGAAGUAGUUAACCUAGCAACGAAUACCACAUUAUCUCCUCCAUUCGAUCCGUACGCCAACUCUCUCAACUUUCUCUUGGCAUCGUACGUUAUCCCUUAUGUGGGACUUGUAGGUUAUGUUGGCACUAUUCCUAACCUUGUCAGCAGCAACAAUCGAGCCCUGGUUGCUUCUUUGUUGGGAGUGGAGGCUGGACAAGACGCAGUUAUACGAGCAUUACUGUACCAGAGGGCUAAUGAGAUAGUCAUACCAUAUGGAUUGACCGUAGCAAAUUUCACUAACCACAUUUCAGAACUUCGGAACCGGCUUGCCAUGUGCGGGGUAAAGGAUGAAGGUUUAAUAGUACCAUUGCAACUGGGAGCAGAGAAUCGAACUACCAGUAACAUCCUAUCGGCGGAUGCUAAUUCCCUUUCGUAUUCACGGACACCAACGGAAAUUUUGAGGAUACUAUACGGAAGCGGCAACGAGAGUAGGCCUGGUGGAUUUCUUCCUAAUGGUGGAUCUGGGCGAAUUGCCAUGACAUUCCUUCCCUGAAUAUAUAUAUAUAUAUAUAUAUAUAUAUCAUAGAAAAGCUUGGGAGAAAAUAAUACUGCUUGAUCAGUAAUAUUAUCAAAGACUUAUAAUUAGGAUGGUUUAAUUAUAAAAUAAUACGCAUUUGAGAUUAUAUAAUUAUAGACGAUGUGAAAAUCUCGAGUGGAUUUAUAUAU